ACUCAUUAUAUUGUUCCAUAAUUUUAAGUCUUUUUUGGAGAUGAUAUCCGCAAAGUUUAUCUCUUGUGAUAUGUAUCGUUUCUGUAUAGGCACGUCUAAUGAAUGUUUUGAAUCUGGUUUAUAUACUUGCCAUAAAAGGCACCUUCCCAAAGCUCAGAUCCGUAUAGGUAAACAUGUAGAGGCAUUAUCACGCUGUUGAACAAAAGGUGUAGCUGUUUCAUUGGCAAACCAUGCAUAAUGUCGCAAUUCUCUGUUCCUUUUUCUCGUGGUCAACCUACAAUUUUACAGAUUACAGUCUACGAUCCUCCCGGGUUUUGGCUCGUGCACUUCGUCUUCCUUCUCGAGCUAUCAAUUAUAUUUUACGAGGAUUCUUCCUGGGAGAGAUGAAAGUGGAUGAUGUUGUGGAAUGCAAGAUACGGUGCAUUAUCAGUGCCAACUGUCGGUCUGUGAACAUUAUCGCAGUCGCUGGUGGCCGGAUCGUGUGUCAAUUAAACAGCGGGCAUCGGGAAGAUGGAAAAAACGGGCAGUUUGUUCCGCAGGAAGCCGGGGAGUAUUGCGGUCUGAAGGAAAUGAAUUUUUUUGGUCGCAAUUCUCUGUUCCUUUUUCUCGUGGUCAACCUACAAUUUUACAGAUUACAGUUUACGAUCCUCCCGGCUUUUGGCUCGUGCACUUCGUCUUCGUUCUCGAGAGCUAUCAAUUAUAUUUUACGAGGAUUCCUCCUGGGAGAGAUGGAAGUGGAUGAUGUUAUGGAAUGCAAGAUACGGUGCAUUAUCAGUGCCAACUGUCGGUCUGUGAACAUUAUCGCAGUCGCUGGUGGCCGGGUCGUGUGUCAAUUAAACAGCGGGCAACGGGAAGAUGGAAAAAACGGGCAGUUUGUUCCACAGGAAGCCGGGGAGUAUUGCAAUCUGAAGGAGAAGAAAUUCUGCACAAGUGAUGGCACAACAUGUGACAAUGUGAGCCCGUGGUUUGCAUUCAACCAAAGUUACUUUCAGUACGUAAGAUCCACGCUAACGCAUGCUGAUGCCGAAAAAUAUUGCCAGGAGCAGAAUGGUCAUCUGGCUUCGAUCUCCAGUGAGAAUGAGCAAACAUUUGCUUUUGAAACUUUUAUUGUUCCAGACACUGGAGGCUGAUGCGAACAACGAUAUCGACGAAGAAGCUGUUAUAGAAAGUCUAUUCACUGGCUGCGAUGCCCAAGGCAACGGUUUGGUGAAGGUUUCGAAACUUGUUGAAUAUCUCAGCGCGGUCGCAGGUGAUAAUGUCGAAUUUGGUGGAAAUUUUGACGAGCUUGUUACGGCGCUUGAUCCGAAAGGCAAUGACAGGGAAGUUGAUUUGGAAACUUGUCGUAAGGGAAUGCUGCAGUGGAUUGAAGAAAUAAGAUGCAGGGAUGAUCGCGAGGAAGUUUACUAUUCGGAUACAUCGCUUGAGAAUCGACCAGCCGCAAGAAGUCGGGAAUCUAUAGAUAGAAGUGGAGACGAAGACUCGCGCUUUGUGAAUGUGACCUCUGAAAGUGUAGAAGGAUUGGGAGGUGAAUCGCCUUUGAAACAGGACUGGGAACUCGUCACCAAAAUCGAAGACUUGCAGCUGAACAAUAAACGUCUCGUGGAUCACAACGUUGAAUUAAGUUUUCAGAUGGAGAAUACGGAAGAAAGCAAUAAUCAGCUAUUAAAGGAAGUCGAUAAUCUGCGUAGACAAGUUCGCAGUUACCAAAAGUUGGACGAAAAGAAGAAAAGCAUCGAGAGAGAAAAUGAAGAGCUAAGACAAACAGUCGCCGACUUACAAGAAACCAGCCACGUUUUUCAGACCAAAGCAAAGCAAUUGGAAAAAGACAGAGUAAUGUUGAGCGAGUUUCAAGAAGAGCUACAGUCUAAGCUUUCCGCAGCGCACAGAACAUUGGAAAGCUUAUCUAAGGAUCAUCAAAAUGUCUGCCUGGCAUACAAUGAAGAGAAGCAAAGGUUGAUUGAACUAGAAGAACUACAAGAUGUCAAAGAUGAAAUGGAUGAGGAGUCUACAGGAACGCAAGAAUACUUGACAAGUAUCAUAUCCAAUCUGACAACUCAAAAAGAGACCCUACAAUUAGAGCGCAACAAGAUGGAAGCAGAAUUGUAUCAAGUUCGGGAGGAUCUGAAUCGUUUGAUGGUCCGGAACGCCUCGACAUUUUCCUCAACGGAAAGGAACAAACUGAUGCGACACACAGCGAAGUUCGGCACAACUGGCAGCACUCUGCAGCAGGAACUCCAAGAAAUUGCUAUUGACGACUGCUUGCCUUCACCAAUAGUUGGUUACUCGCCAUCGUCGUAUCAGAAUUCCUCAUAUGAAAACGACGUGUUUGAUAGUCCAAAGUCACUCACAUCACCUCUUUCAUUGGUAUCUCUCAAUUCAUCCAGCAACUCACCACUAUCGAAAUCCAAUGAGUAUUUUGCCGCCGUUUCACAAGUGGCCGCAGAUUUCCGCGAGAAAAAAGAGAAAGCUUUGCAAACAAUCUCGGAGUUGGUCAGUUUGGAGAAGACUCGAGAAAAUAGAGAAAUCAGAGAAAGCCUUCAGAGAGAUUUAGAAAAGGAAAUGGAAUUUUUUGCUGAAAAAAUUUGGCUUCUGUCAUUAGCAAGAAAGGCGUCAGAGAAAAGGGUAUCUAAACUAUUGGCGUUGAUCGAGUCACUGAAAGAUGAAAAUCAUUGUUUACAAGACGAACGAGAUAAAGCUCUUCAAAAGAUUGGAAAUCUCUCUCUAGGAAAUGAAGAUAUGGAAACAAAGAUUGAAGAAUUAGCGUCUGAAUUGGAAACCAGUUUGGAAAAUACGAAACAUUUGCAGAAGCAAUGUACCGAUUUGAAAAAUAAGCUCAUGGAUAAAGAAACAGAAUUACAGCGUAUCAAAAAAGAAGCGCUGUCAUCAUCACCUGAGGACGCAGGCGGCGAAUUUGCAUCAAAAUAUCAUGAGUUGGAGAGAAAGCACAAAGAACUUGAAGAAGAACACAGGAAGGCUUUAGCCAAAUUAUCUAAGGUCGAAUUGGAGCUAGAAAAAACUGCCAUGGACUUAGCUGUUGAAAAUAAAAGAUCACGAAACCUUCAGGAGUCGUUAUCGUUGUCAGUAUCGAAACAUGAACAGGAACUACAGGACAUUAUGGAAACAAUCCCAUCGGAAGCUUGUGACAAUUCGCAUUCAAGAACAAAGUCUUCAGCGAUAACAGGAUAUCAAGUCAGGAAUAAACUUCGAGCAUUCUUGGUUUCCCGGUGUUUGACUAUACGAGAUUCACCCGAUGGUAAGCCGAAUAAUCGUAAAGGUGAUGUUCCACUGGGUGUUAGCACUCCAAUUGAUGGGAACAGCUUUGAUUCUAACUGCAUUUCUAAUCGACAAAAAUCAUUCGACACACCCUUCCCUAAUAAAGAAGUGGAGAAUUGCGAUUCAACAGAGAUGUGCGACAAAUCGCCGGGCAGUUUGGGUUCCUCGAGCAAUCAAUGUGACGAUGGUUCAGCCUUAUCGAGCAUAUCUCCAAAUCUGAUCCGACCGUUUGACGUGCAAAAUGAUCGCUGGAUAUCGCCCAAUCUGAUUGAACCAUUUGAAGGUGAUUCAGCGAAAAACAAAACCUUCACCAAGCCUGAUCACAGCACAGAACUACGUGAAUGGGAUAAAUAUCGGGAAACGUGCGGAAGAGACAAGGAAGCACUCGGAAAUCCUCACGACUUUACCGAGACCAAAAACGCGACUUGUAUCUCGCCAGGUAGCAGCGAUGACUGCGCCAAGAACCUCCUCACUGAUUUUUAUGCAGAAGAGACGCGCAACACGAAUCACAGUUCUUGUUGUACUUGUUCCGGCGGGCUUUCUGAUGUUCACCCAUUCGACGGUGAUUCAGCACCAACCUCUCCCACCAUUCCAUCGAGAUUUCGUAAGAUAAGCAAUAUAACUCCUCCUUGUGGACUCCGAAAAAGUGUUGCAGGAAGUCAACCAGUGCCUGCCUCGAGUAACGAGAAGGAUCGGAACUCUCCAUGCGGACAGAAUCUCACAACAAACUCAGAAAAUACGAAUGAGGACAAGCUGGUGUUUACAUUCGAUGGUCCUCCGGCCGAAAUUUAUACAAAUCGAAAUGAAAACUCCAGAACUCGGAGUAGAUUGACGAAUUCGUCCAGGGAAGGUGAUCGAUUAUCGGACAUCGAUAGUGAUUACAAAUCUUCACCGGUUCAAGCGAAUAGUUAUAUUCUGGGCGUGUCACUAAAUUCUAGUCUUCCAUCGGAUGAGAAAGAAUUAGAGAAAUUGUUCAAGAGCGUCUGUCUCGCAUUUCGUACUGACAAGGACAGUUUGCCACAAAGAUUGGAAUACCAGGAACGAGCUCGUAAUGGAGCCGAGGACAAUAUUAUGAAAACUCUGAAUACUUUGUCAAACGUUAUAAAGACCUUUGAAGAGAAUGCAAAAAGGGAUACAAACAAAAAGAACAUCAAGGAUAUAUUAAGUUCACUGCACCAUCAAGUUGGGGCUCUAAAGGACUGUUCACGGCGUGUCUCGUCACAGUCACAUCAAUAUGGAAGUUACCAACAGGAAGCCCGGAUGAUGUCUGGUAUUGAUGUACUCAUAAAUUAUGGUGAAAGGCUUUCACUUCGUCUUGAGACGUUAGCAGAUACUAUAGCCGUUCAAGAAUUACAGAACCAAACUCAUCAUCGAGAAGAGUCCAACGAGGAUGCACGAUCAAAAGCCGAGACAAGUGAUUUAACGCGCCGUGGUAGCUCCUUCUACAAUUUUGUUUCUUCGAUUCGAGUGAAUGACAGUUUCCGACUUUUUGGUAGCAGCCGUGAUAGCGAGGUUAGAGAAACAUACGAACAGGAAUUGAAUGCAGCGCCAAAAUUAGAGAAGCAAACAGCUGCGGCUUAUGGCGAUACCAUCGACGAUGCAGCGGAAAGAGAGAAUAAGGAAAAACUCGUUUCAAGAAGGCCAACGUCUAUGGCUAAACAAAGAUCGUGUUUCGGUCGUUGUCUCUGCUGUUCUAUCAAGUUAACUGCUUUCGCUUUCCUAUUCAUGAUGUUGUUUUACGUCCUCGUGCAAUACAGCGUGUUCGAUCGAUAUUUCAUCAUGAACAAGCUUCGCGAUUUUGUAAAGAACCAAAGAUUCGAGACUCUUUAUUACGAGCACGAACCAGCCGUUUGACUUCGACAGGAAUGUCAGUAUUCUUAUUUAACAUCGUUUUAAAUAAUUUUGAAUAUAGUAGAAAAAGUGUACAUAUAUUAAUUGAUUUUUAAAAAAUGUA